AUGUUUUCGUCAGCGCUCAAGUCGUUUACUUCCAACAUCGGUUCAAACUAUACCAUCGCUCCUCAACCUAGUUCGACCUCUGGACCAUGGAAGAUCUUCGACGCCAAGAAGAAGUCGACUGGCAAACCUGCUUCGGUCUUCGUCUUCGACAAAAAGUCUCUGGAACCAUCAGCCAGUUCUCUAGGAGGUCGCGGAAACUCGUCGUCCAUCAAACGGGCUCAAGAGGAGGUCAUCGAUCGUCUGAAGAAGGAAGCAAGUUCUCUGGCCCGUCUACGACACCCCAGUGUUCUAGAGCUGGCCGAGCCAAUCGAGGAGACCCGUAGUGGUGGUCUUAUGUUUGCGACAGAACAAGUUACGGUUUCUCUUGCUGCUCUUCUGGCCGAAAAGGACGACCAAGAAAGAUCUGGACGCAACACAGGAAGAGGUAGUCGUUAUGUUGUUCGAGGGAACGACGGUCAAGACGAAAUUCGCGAACUCGAACUGGACGAGCUGGAGAUACAGAAGGGUCUGUUGCAGAUCGCAAAGGGGCUGGACUUCCUACAUCAGAGUGCGAAGCUGGUCCAUGCCAACUUGACACCGGACGCCAUCUUUGUGAACGCAAAGUCUGAUUGGAAAAUCUCGGGUCUGGCCUUCUCUACACCCUUCUCCGACUCUGUCUCAUCACCCUCUCUGUCGCUGUCUGAAGUUUUGAAUCAUGACCCUCGACUUCCGCCUUCAGUCCAGCUCAGCCUCGACUACACCUCUCCCGAUUUUGUGCUCGACAACAACAUCAACCCCUCGGCCGACAUGUUCUCCUUGGGUCUUCUCAUCAUUGCUCUUUACAACUCUCCGCAUCGUAGUCCCAUCGAAACACAUGAAAGUCUUUCGGCCUACAAACGUACCUUUUCCUCAUCCUCCUCCGUACCCAGCCAGAACAACAACUUUUUAUCUUCUGUACCGCUACCCAAGAAUCUCUCAUUUGAACUCUUACCACGUCUGAUAACACGACGUCCUGCCCAACGUCUCAACGCCAGCGAGUUUCAACAGGCUCAAUACUUUGACAACAUUCUCGUAUCAACAAUUCGCUUCCUGGAUGACUUGCCGGCCAAGACACCCAACGAGAAGGCUCAGUUUAUGCGUGGCCUUGCCAAGAUUAUGCCACAAUUCCCCAAAUCUGUCUUGGAGAGGAAGCUCUUGCCUGCUCUACUAGAAGAAAUGAAAGACCGUGAUCUGCUAGCCCCGAUUCUAUCGAAUGUCUUUGCCAUUGUAAAAGCUUCGCCGUCGGGAAAACGUGCUUUCACAGAUAAAGUCAUCCCAAGAUUACGCGAUAUAUUCCUUACGCAAUCGAACACAAAAACACCUGCUGAGCGGGAUACUACCAAAGAGGCUGGUCUGAUGAUUGUGCUCGAGAACAUGAAAGUUGUGGCCGACAAUUGCUCCGGCAAGGAGUUCAGAGAUGAUAUCCUUCCCCUCAUUGCUCUGGGUCUCAGUUCUCCGACUCAUGCUGUCGUUGAUGCUGCUCUUUCCACAUUGCCUGCUGUUCUCCCUGCUCUUGACUACAGUACAAUCAAGAAUGAGCUGUUCCCCGUCAUCGCUGGUGUCUUUGCCCAUACAAAUUCGCUCGGUAUCAAGAUCCGUGGUCUUGAAGCCUUUUACACACUGUGCGGUGGUACUGCUGACGAGGAAUCCAUCAGUGAUGGUCUCGAUGGCGUUUCCAUCUCGCGUGACUCCUCAAAACUCAGUAGCAGCCAAGUGCUUGACAAAUUCACGAUCCAGGAAAAGGUCGUGCCCCUGAUGAAGGGAAUCAAAACCAAAGAGCCUGGUGUCAUGGCCUUCAUGACUUUGAUCAAAUCUUUGUCUUCUCGCGUCGAAAGAGAACAUACUCGUAAACUCCAAGAACUGGGCUCAAGCAACGGAACUGGCUCGACAAGAUCGGGGGCGAGACAGCCAACUGCUUUCCAAUCAAGCUCGACCACUAAUGGUGGUGAAGUGGACUUUGCAAGCUUGGUCAGUGGAAGGAAGGGGACUGCUACUCCGGACAUCAUGAACGACUGGGGGCCGCCUGCUGUCAAACCCGCCUCGACGCAGCCCUCGAACGGUAUUCCCAGUGCAUCCCAGGCCUCAAACUUUUCGUCUUGGACAAGCGCGGCACCGGCUCAGGCUACUCGGUUGAACUCUUUGCAAUCCCAAGCCACUCAAAGAACAGUUACGCCAGAUCUCAAUAGUUCCUUCGCCGCACUUACACCUGCAUCGCCCUUCAAUGCACCACUGCAGCCCUCUUCUCGACAACCCUCUUCUUCCGGCUUCACAUCGCCACCCCUUAACCAAUCCACCAGCAACACUUCAUCUUCCAUAAACUGGUCCGCAGCAACCACCACACCAAACACAUCAACGUGGUCAUCACAGCAGAGACCAACAAAUGGAGGUAUACUUCCUCCACCCACCAAACGCACAUCGUCUUUUACUAUAGCCCCACCACCGAGUUUCACAACACAAACUCCAGUAUCUUCGAAUGCGUAUUCUGCGUUCUCGAUGCCUGCGAUGCAGCCACAGCAGACGCAGCAGAGACAGGCAUUACAACAACAGACGCUACAGCAGCAGCAACAACAACAGCCAAAGACGACGCAAAGUAGUGGAUUGGAUAAAUACCAGAGUUUGAUCUGA